CGGGCUUGGCGGGCCGAACCAACGCGCUCCGCGGAGGGGCCGCACCGGGCUGCCCAGAGCGGACCAUCGGCACCACGCCUGCAGGGGGCGCCGGGCGUUACCAACGCCGAGCCGAGGGGAGCGGAGGGGAGCGCCGGCGUGGGCUGCCACGCGACCCCUGGAGGCGCCAGGAGGCGCGAGACGCCGCCACCCGCGCGGAAGGACGUGGCUGACAGCUCUGGACAAACCGAUUGGCCAGCAGUCUGGCAGCCUGCACGCUUCAGUCCACUGUCUGGGAGGAGGGGGAGCAGGGAACACUGGAGCUGUGCUGCCCAGAUCCCAGGAGCCAGAAGGCACUGCCAAAGGAUAAGCAAGGUGUUGCCCACACUGGACAGUUGAAGCGGUGGAGGGGCAUUGUUUGAUCCAGCUGCCUUACUCCCACAAAUCAGUGCUUUAAACUGCCUCUCAGCAAAGCAGGCCACUCCGGCCUCAGCACCCUAUUCCUGUCUCUAGUCUUGGUGGUUUCUUGCUUUCUCACUUCACCUGCAUCUGACAUUGGGAGACUGUCCUGCGGCCUCGUUGAUGCCUGCCUUCUCCAUCCCUUCUUCUGAAGAGCUCUUUGCCAAGGUGCCAAGCUCUCCUGAUGAAAUGUUUUCUGCCCCACUGGGCUCCCAAGGCAGUGUCUGGUGCUGUUGAUGCCCUUGUUGGAACUUUCCAGAAUGGAUAGCCCCCCAAAGCUGACUGGAGAGACCCUCAUCGUCCACCAUAUCCCUUUAGUGCACUGUCAAGUCCCAGACAGGCAGGGCUGCGGGGUGGCAAGCGGAGGCAGCGGGAGCACAAGACCCCAGCCCUUCUGCCCACCCGAGCUGGGCCUGGGACAAGCUGACUCCCUGCUAUACAACAGUCUGCACUCUGCCCCGGGGGCAUCUACACGGUCUUCAGACAGCAUCAAGAGUAGGGGUCGGGAUGGCCGCGGCCCUGGAGCUUCCAAACGACACAAUCCCUUCUUGGUGCAGGAAGGUGUGGGUGAAACAGGACUUGGUGACCUGUGUGACGACAACCCUGGAGAGAGUGCCACCCAGCAGUCCUUCCACCUGCACAGCUCCAGCCAGCCCACCUUCCAUCUGUCUUCUUUCCAGCUGCCAUCAUCGGGCCCUGGCCUGCGCAGGCCGUGGGGCGCAACACGCAGUCGGCCUGGCGUGGUGGAGGGGCAGGAACGGGAGCCAGCAGCAGCCUUGGGGACCCAGCAGGGCAGCACCAGCCCCUGCUUCCAGCCAGAGCCGGACUCUGAGACCAUGGAGCUGGACGAGUGUGGGGGACCCGGUGGGAGUGGCAGCGGAGAGGGAGCCAGUGAUACCUCUGCCUUUUCCUUGGAACAAGAGUGGAAGCUCAGUUCAGACGAAUCCCCAAGAAACCCUGGGCGCUCGGGCUCGGGGGCUCAGCGCUGCCAUUGCAGCAGCGCCUCCAGUCAGUCCGAGGCUGCCGACCAGUCCAUGGGCUACGCCAGUGACUCGUCCUGCAACAGCUCAGACGGUGUGCUCGUCACCUUCAGCACCCUCUACAACAAGACGCACGGCAGCUCCCGUGCCACCCUCAACUCUGUCCCUCAGUCCUGCAGCGACUCUUCCUUCUGCAGCCAGUCCGACCCUGGAGCCUUUUACCUGGACCUGCAGCCCUCCCCAGCUGAGUCGAAAAUGUCGUGUGAGUCCCACCACCCGGAGACUGGGGACAGGGAGGAGGGCUGUGGUUGUCCUCAUGCCUCGUCCCCGGAGCUCGAUGCCAACUGCAACUCCUACCGCCCACACUGUGAGCCCUGCCCGGCUGUGGCUGACCUCACAGCCUGCUUCCAGAGCCAGGCCCGCCUUGUGGUGGCCACACAAAAUUACUAUAAACUUGUCACCUGUGACCUGUCCUCGCAGUCCUCCCCAAGCCCUGCUGGCUCUUCCAUCACCAGCUGCUCUGAAGAACACACCAAGAUCAGUCCUCCACCAGGCCCUGGCUCGGAGCCAGACCCCAGCCAGCCCUCUGAGUAUUACCUCUUCCAGAAGCCAGACAUCCUGCCCGAGGAACAAGGAGGAGUAGCUUCCUCGACGGAAGCAGCAACUGCCAUGGGCCCCACUGUACUCGAAGGGCAAGUGUACACAAAUACUUCACCCCCCAACCUAAGCACUGGCCGGCAGCGCUCUCGAAGCUAUGACCGGAGCCUGGAGCGCAGCCCCACUGUCCGCCUGGGCUCGCUGGAGCGCAUGCUAAGUUGCCCAGUACGCUUAAGUGAGGGCCCUGCAGCCUUAGCUGGGCCUGCUUCCCCACCCAGGAGAGUUACCUCUUUUGCUGAAUUGGCCAAAGGCCGGAAGAAAACGGCACCAGGCUCUGGCUCGCCACCACUUCGGGUGAGCAUCGGAGACUCCUCCCAGGACUUCUCGCCCAUUCAGGAAGCCCAGCACGACAGGACGGGCCCACUUGAUGAAGGCACUCGAUGCAGCCACAGUCUGCCAGCCAUGCCCUUGGGGCCAAGCCUGGACCUCCUUGGCCCAGAACCCUGGUCCACCCAGCUUUGUCAGGGCGCCCAGUCCAGCGAGAUGCCACUUCCUAGCCUCAGAGCUGCUGGGCAGGGCCCCUUGGCCCAGCUGAUGGAUCCCGGACCUGCUCUCCCAGGGAGCCCAGCCAACAGCCAUACCCAGAGGGAUGCAAGAGCUAGAGCUGACGGGGGUGGCACUGAGAGCCGACCAGUGCUUCGCUACAGCAAGGAGCAGAGGCCGACCACGCUGCCUAUCCAGCCCUUCGUGUUCCAGCAUCACUUCCCCAAGCAGCUGGCCAAGGCCCGUGCCCUCCACAGCCUCUCCCAGCUCUACAGUCUCUCGGGCUGCAGCCGUGCGCAGCAGCAGCAGCAGCCUGCCUCACUGGUUAUCCCCACCACUCAAGGCCCAGCUCCAGCUCCCUCCGGAGAGCCACAGCCAUUCACACCCCAGACCUCCGGCAGGGGUGCCAGAAAAGCUGGGCCUGAGCCGGAGACCUCAAGGCCGUCACCCCUGGGAAGCUACUCCCCUGUCCGGAGUGCCGGCCCCUUUGGGCCCAGCACUGAUUCGUCCACCUCUACCUCCUGCUCCCCUCCUCCAGAGCAGGCCACAGCAGCAGAAGGUCUCCCCGCAUGGAGCCACCCUCGUCCUUCCAUGCGGCCUGCCGCCUCCCAGCAGCCACUGAAGGAGGACCAGAAGAUUCCAACCUUGACUGAGUACCGGCUUCAUGGCACAGGAAGCUUGCCACCUCUGGGCUCCUGGAGAUCUGGCUUUUCCCGGGCAGAGAGCCUGGCUCGAGGAGGUGGUGAGGGCAGCAUGGCCUCCAGGCCCAACAAUGCCAACCACCUAUCCCCUCAAGCCCUCAAGUGGCGGGAAUACAGGAGGAAGAACCCAUUAGGACCACCCGGUUUGUCAGGAAGCCUAGAUCGAAGGCCACAGGAAGCUCGGCUGGCCCGCAGGAACCCCAUCUUUGAGUUCCCCAGUUCUUUUGGCCCUGCCAGCCAUCUGAAUUACCGGCUGAACGGUCAGGUAGCAAAGCCAUUACCACUGAUCUGCCCUGACCUCCAGGACCCCUUCUCCUUAACUGAGAAGCCUCCAGCUGAGUUUUGUCUGUCUCCAGAUGGCAGCUCAGAGGCCAUUUCCAUUGACGUACUUCAGAAGAAAGGGCUGGUGAAAGCUGUCAACACUGCCGUGGACCUGAUCGUGGCCCAUUUUGGCACAAGCCGGGAUCCUGGGGUCAAGGCAAAGCUGGGGAACAGCUCUGUGAGCCCCAAUGUGGGCCACCUGGUUCUGAAGUACCUGUGCCCUGCCGUCCAAGCCGUGCUGGAGGACGGGCUCAAGGCCUUUGUUCUAGACGUGAUCAUUGGACAGCGAAAGAACACGCCUUGGAGUGUGGUGGAGGCUUCCACUCAGCUAGGCCCAUCCACCAAGGUCCUGCAUGGUCUCUACAACAAAGUCAGCCAGUUCCCAGAACUCACCAGCCACACUAUGCGCUUCAACGCCUUCAUCCUCGGCCUGCUCAACAUCCGGUCCCUGGAGUUCUGGUUUAAUCACCUGUACAACCAUGAAGAUAUCAUCCAGACCCAUUACCAGCCCUGGGGCUUCCUGCGCGCUGCUCACACAGUGUGCCCUGGCCUCUUCGAGGAGCUGCUGCUGCUGCUCCAGCCGUUAGCCCUGCUGCCCUUCAGCCUUGACGUGCUGUUCCAGCACCGGCUGCUGCAGAGCGGGCAGCAGCAGCGGCAGCACAAGGAGCUGCUGCGCGUGUCCCAGGACCUGCUGCUCUCUGCACACUCGACACUGCAGCUGGCCCGGGCCCGAGGCCAGGAGGGCCCUGGGGAGAGGGUGAAGGGUGUGGGCGCCUCAGAAGGUGGAGAAGAGGAUGAGGAAGACACGGAAGAGGCGGUUGUGGCCGGGGGGAGCUCCGAGCACGCCAGGUGGACCCGAGGGGGUCAGGCGGGCUGGUGGUACCAGCUCAUGCAGAGCUCCCAGGUCUACAUCGAUGGUGCUACCGAGGGCUCUCGGUUCCCUCGCAGUAGCAGCGCUGGCAGUGAGAAAAAGAAAGGGGUAGGCAGUGGGGGGCCUUCUCAGGCUCCACCACCACGGGAAGGUGUAGUAGAGGGGGCUGAGGCCUGUCCUGCCCCCGAAGAGGCCCUUGGCCAAGAAAGGGGCUGGCCUUUCUGGAUGGGGAGCCCCCCUGACUCCGUGCUAGCUGAGCUGAGGCGGAGUCGAGAGAGGGAAGGGCCUGUUGCGCCACCAACAGAAAAUGAAGAGGGGACGGAGCCUUCCUCCGGAGGCAUCAAAUGGGGACACCUCUUUGGUUCUCGGAAAGCUCAGCGGGAAGCCCGGCCUGCAAACAGGCUGCCUUCAGACUGGCUGAGCCUGGACAGGUCUGUGUUCCAGCUGGUAGCACAGACAAUGGGGUCCCGUCGGGAGCCGGAGCCCAGGGAGAACCUGCAAGAGUCACAGUCUCCAGCCCUGCCCUCCAAACCUCCGUGCGAGGUGCAGGCGCUGUGCCACCAUCUGGCCACAGGCCCUGGACAACUGAGCUUCCACAAAGGCGAUGUCCUGCGGGUGCUGGGACCAGCCGGAGGAGACUGGCUGCAUUGCAGCCGGGGCCCUGACACAGGCUUGGUACCUCUGGCCUAUGUGACAUUGACUCCAACUCCAAGUUCACCACCUGGAAGCAGCCAGAACUGAGGCCUUAUGCAUGCUGGUGGCCUCAGGGACCCUGAUAUCCCCAAGACUCAAGAGUCCGAGAGUUCUUCCCAAGCCCUUAGGCUUGGCUGCAAAAAGUAGACUGAGAGCCGGGGCCACGUACCCCUGUGCUGGCACCUGCUCCCCGUGCUCAGUAUUAAUUACUCCUCCUCAACCUUCCCGGCGACUCUGUCCAGACCUCCACUCAGGAGAGGAGGGGAGGACACAGCGCUGGGCUGCCAAGAUCUUUCCUGGCCCAUCUGGGCCAAUACUUCCGUGGGUGUAGACAAGUCUCUGGAGGGAGGUGGCCCAGAGGCCAUUUGUGGGUUUACUAGGCCGAGUGACAAUGAGGAUGGAUAAACAGUAUUGGGGCCCAAGCCCCGAGCCCCCCAUGCUGUAAACAGACAGUGACCAGUGCCUGGUCGUCAGAAUAGGAGGAGGAGCUCAGGCUUCUGUUUAUGUAUGUAUUUAUUUAUUUAUUUAUUACGCCUAUUAAUAAAAAGGUGCUCAGC